AUGAGCUGCCAGAAUGAAGGAGACGCUGAAACUGUCCUUAUGUACCGGGCUGUUGCAUGCACAGACAGAUGCGAGAGCUGUGUAGAACUGCUGUUUGUGAGAGGGGCUGGGAAUUGCCAGGAGUGUGAUACCCCCCUGCGGAAGAGUAACUUCAGGGUACAGCUCUUUGAGGAUCCUGCUGUCGACAAGGAAGUGGAAAUUCGGAAGAAAGUGCUGAAAAUAUACAAUAAAAGAGAGGAUGACUUUCCUAGUCUAAAUGAAUAUAAUGAUUUCCUGGAAGAAAUAGAAGAAAUUGUAUUUAACUUGACCAACAAUGUGGAUUUGGAGAACACCAAAAAGAAAAUGGAGCUGUACCAGAAGGAUAAUAAAGAAGUCAUUCAGAAAAAUAAGAUAAAACUGACGCGUGAGCAGGAAGAGCUGGAGGAAGCUUUAGAGGUAGAGCGACAGGAGAAUGAACAAAGGCGACUCUUCAUACAGAAAGAAGAACAAUUACAGCAGAUGAUAAAAAGGAAGAAUAAGCAGGCACUCCUGGAUGAUCUGGAGAGCUCCAGUCUUCCUGCUUCACUGCUUUUAGCUCAGCAUAAAGACAGAUCUACUCACCUAGAAAUGCAACUGGAAAAACCCAAACCUGUCAAACCAGUCACGUUUUCCACUGGCAUCAAAAUGGGUCAGCAGAUUUCACUAGCUCCAAUACAAAAACUAGAGGAAACACUGUAUGAGUAUCAGCCUCUGCAAGUGGAGACAUAUGGACCACCAGUUCCAGAGCCUGAAAUGCUUGAAGAGCUGGGGUAUCUCAAACAUGUACGAGCCGCCUCUCUGCAGGAUAUUGCUGGGGGCUACACUUCUUCCCUUGCUUGUUACCGAGCCUUACAGGAUGCUUUCAGUGGUCUAUUCUGGCACCCCAGUUAGCCAGCGUGCAUCAGCCUGUGAUCAAGGGACACCAAAGGGAGUGAGAAGCAAAUCACGCCAACAAAGGUUGGGUAAAAUUGCUGCCAUCUGCACAACGGCUAAGCUGCAGUCACCUUCUUGUGUAAAACCAGGUGUGUUUAAGUGUUAAAGGGGAG